UGGUUAGAUUUUUUCUGCUGAAACUGUGUUUACAUUAUAUAUAAUAUGUACAUACUUGAAAAAAGGAAGAUUAUCGACAUAUAUUGAUCUCCAGAAGAAAAAAGUGAACUCAUUACAGCAAACACGGCAACAAGAAAAAAUAUCGUUUCAAAUUCCUUACGGAAGCAGUUCAUACAGAAACUAGAGUUGGAAAGGACUCGUAACGCACAAUUACUUCAGGAAUUACAGAAAACUCGCGCGGAAAAAGAUGCUUUAGAGGCCGAAUGCCUUAGAGCUUCAUUGGUGUCCGCAGAUAUGGGUAACGAGAAUAAUACAUUUAAUUUCGAAUAGAAUUUUGGACCAUCAAGCACCCGUUACACAUGUAACCCUGACUUUUUGUCGACAGUGUCUGAAGAAGGGAGUAACAGAGAUACAUUUAAUGUUGAGGAAUGUUUUAGACCACCCGUCAUACGAAUAAUUCUAACUGUCACGAGGAAUCGAAAUUUAUGUCUAGUAUGAACCAACUUACGGUCUCCGCUAUUAAUUUGCCGGAAUGAAAACCGAUGGACGAAUCAGAUAUACACAGGAAUUCGUACGAAAUGUGGAGAGAUCUGUUGAUUGAUUCUAUGAAACUCGCUGGCAUUGAGGACGAAGCGACGAAAUUUACGGUAUUCAAAGUAAAGGCUGGAAUGCGCCUCCUUGAAAUUUUCAAAAGUACCUGUUCAGAUGCUAAUGCCCCAGAUCCUGAGAGCUAUCCGUUUUCUAAUGCCCUUUAUAGGCUGAAGUCAUAUUUUGGAUCUGGUUCGGAUAUAAUGAUGCAAAGACGAAAGUUAUCUCUUUUGACGCAAAAAUCGGGAGAAUCCCAUUUGACGUUUAUAAAUCGGGUUGGAGCAACAGCUCGACUUUGCGACUUCAAUGAGGAUAAAGAAUUCGAAGGAAUCGUGGGUACAGUAGCGGAACAUGCUAUACAUAAAGAUGUGCGUGCGGUAGCACUUAAAUUGUUGAGCCGCAAAGGCACUUUCACUGAUUUGGUAGACAAAGUUAGAGAAAUAGAGGCGAUCAGUCUGAAUGAGGAGUUUUUUAAACGCAAACACGUCAAAACAGAAGAAGCAGUGCUUGCUCGCGUGGCGAAUUUUCCAACGGAAACCAAUAAACAGCAAACUUUUAGAGCUCAACCAUUUGACAGAAACGGAUUCAACCAUCGUUUCAGACCAUACAGAACUGGUCAGGUGAAUGACAGUAAAGGUCAAUUUCGUCGUAGUUUCCAUGAUCGUGGAGCUUACAACCGAAAUAAUCAGCGAGCAAAUAGAUGCUGGAGAUGCAAUAGCGUGUAUCAUUUGUGUCAAGAUUGUCCUUCUGCAGAAAAAGUAUGUCAUCAAUGCGGCCGUACCGGACACAUCAAGAGGGCUUGCAAUACAUCCGCUUUGCGCACUAGCAACAUUUUAGCUAAUAGAGACACAUCUUCUAUUGAACCUGAGUCGAAAUCAAUCGCGGUAGUCGAAAAUACCGAUAAAUCGUUAGACAAGGAAAACGUAAGUGUCAAAUCUGAUGAAUGUUAGAUCUAGUUGUCAGAGAUAAACAUUUUGCGACAGUGGAUGUAUCAAAAUCAAGCGUUGAGUAGUAAA